CUCUCAAUCUGAAUCUCUAGCGGGCGACUAACCUCCACCGGAGUAGACAGAUUGAGGCCCUAAGAACAAAACCUCCACUACAGGAGUAAAUCCGGUACAGAAUAGUGAGUUGGCUCCUCGACUAAAGUCACCAACUCCCUACCUUCAAUCAAGGAUACUCUAUUAACCUAGGCAUAUAUUCUCAUUCUAGGUUAAAGCGGAAACAACAGGAAUUUGAUCAGGAUUCAAGUCAUUCAAUCAUUAAAACCUCAAUCGAAUAUAAUCAAUCACAGAAUCAGUACUUGGGUUCAUACAAUCAAAGCCUAACAUACAAAUCUAGGGUUCUCCAUACCCAGAUGAAUGGGAGAACUACUCCAUAGAGAAGAAAGCAAAAGCAGAAUCAGACACGGAAUUCAUACUGCGAAGGAUGGAUUCCUGCUUCUGGACGUUGAUUGGCACUUCUCCAAGCUCAAGCUGGCCUCCAAUGGUGUUGAAGAUCAAUCUAGGGCACUUGGAGACUCUUGUUCGUCGCUUUCUCUCUCUAGAAAUCGCUCUCUUUCUCCAAAACCCGAAUCCUCACGAAUUGUGGCUGAAAUUCUGCUUAAAAGGAGAAAAUCCCGACUCACACGGCCAGGGUGGCACGGCCGUGCAGCUCACCCAGUUGCCCGUGUGAGUCAAAACGCAUCAUUUCAUUUAGUUCGAAUUCCAGGCUCUUUGCACGGCCAGAAUGGCACGGCCGUGUGGACAUCCCCUCAUGCCCGUGUUUGCUCUCGCAGAAUGUGGCACGGCCAACCCGGCCACUUGCACGGCCGUGUCGAUCCUCUGCUCUGCCCGUGUGUACUCUCGGCAAAACUCGCACGGCCAGGCCAUUACUUCACACGGCCGUGCGAACAUCAGGGCAGCCCGUAUGACCUCCCUUGUGACUUGUCUCGCACGAGAUCUUCACCCAAUCGACCCCGAACUCGCUCCUAAACCUUCAUUCACUUGCCAGGACCUGAAAUAUCACAAACAAGCACAACCUAGCGUGAAAUCGGUCUAAAACACGAGAAACCACAUCUCAAACGGUGUAAGAACAGGGGUGAAAACAUGUGUAACUAACGGUCUAUCAGAAGACUCACUCGGGAAUGAGUCCCCCUAGCUCCUUAGUUAGGUCAAGGUUGUAAUUACCCUGGGUUGAUUAACUGUUGAUUAAACUGCGGAAGAUCCGACAGUACCUUGGAAUCUCUUAAGCUGACCAAGCUCUCUCAAGCAGACUAACCGGCAGGCGACUAGCCUUCACCGAGAUAGACUGCUGACGCAAUGAACACAGAACUCAACUACUGGAAUUGGAUUCUGACACGCUAAAACACAACACCAAACUGCGAUUAAGUGUAAUCGCAGUCCGGAAAUGCAGUAAGAGGCAAGCUCUAUUUGUCAACCCGGGGUCUAGAUCUACUGCCUACUCCAUGAAUAUCUAUUAUCUAGCAAACUAAGUCGAGUGAUUGUGAUUUUAACUAAAAGCAGUAAGAAAGCAGGAAAUGGUUUGGUUUUCUAAAGCAAGGGAAGAGUCACUCGGGAAUGAGUCCCCCUAGCUCCUUAGUUAGGUCACAGUUGUAUUUACCCUAGGUUGAUUAAUUGUUGAUUAAACUGGGGAAGAUCCGACGGUAGCUUGGAAUCUCUUAAACUGACCAAGCCCUCUCAGUCCAACAACUCGGCAGACAACUAGUCUUCACCGAGAUAGAAAGCUGAGGCUAUCAACGCAGAACUCCACUACUGGAAUUGGAUUCCAGUACAAAGCAGUAAAUCGAUUAACUCUUGUAUAAUCAAUCUACCACUACCGAUUGAUGAAGCUCUAACAACUUAAUCAGAUUCUAUCUAUCUCAGGUCGCAGCAAAAAUCAAGAAAAGAUGAUCAGACUUCAAUUUACUAAUUGAAUCAUGCAUCAAUCGAUUAAAAUCAAACAAUAUAACAAUCCCAAGUCAUUACAAUCAAGAUCCCUAACACAUGGAACUAGGGUUCUUCAUACCCAAGUGAGAGAAAGUUCUACUCCAUAGAGAGAAGAGAGAGAGAGAGAGAGGAAAGCAGUAAUCAGAGUAGUCAUACUCAUAAAGAUGAGGAUAAUCUGCUCCGGGAUGAUGAUCUUCACUCCUAGGGAUGCAAUCUGGGCUUCAAUGGUGAGAAAUCCACUCCAAAUAGCUCAUAGGGUUUGUUCUUCGCACUUUCGCUCUCUAAAACUUUGUUUUUGCUCUAAAAAGUCUAUUCCAACUCCUUUGGCUCGAAAUUGGGUUAAAACCCAGAAUUUCCCGACCACACGGCCGUGUGGCUUUCUGGUCUGCCCGUGUGGAUGUGAAAACGCCGCGUUUCGAUUAGUGGACUUUAGGAACGCUGCACGGCCCGAGGCACACGGCCGUGUGAAUUUCCAGUCUGGCCGUGUGAGCCCCCUGGACUUUCCACACGGCCACAAGGGGUCCAAUACACGGCCAGUGUGGCUUGGUCGUGUAAUGGGAUUCCACACGGCCAAGUCACACGGCCGUGUGGAAUUUAGGUCUGCCCUUGUGGAAUUUCCAGCUUUUCAUCAAACGUUCCAACUUCGUCCAUUUGACCCCAAACUCGUGCCCAAACCUUCCUUCACGUACUAGGACCUGAAAUAUCACAAACAAGAACGACCUAGUGUGAAAUCGGCCUAAAACACUAGAGAUGAGACUCAAACGGUACAGGAAUGGUGGAGAAAAACAUGUGUAAAUAUCAAGUCAUCAGAUUCCAGUACAAAGCAGUAAAUCAAUUAACUCUCGUAUAACUAAUCUACCACUACCGAUUGAUGAAGCUCUAACAACCUAAUCAGAUUCUAUCUAUCUCAGGUUGCAGCAGAAAUCAAGAAAAGAUGAUCACGCUU